AUGUUGAUAUUUAUAGAUGCCCCAGUGGAUGUGAAGGUUGAGGGAGUGUCCAGUGUGAAGGAGGGAGACUCUGUAGAGCUGAGAUGCUCCAGUGACAGUAACCCUGCUGCCCACAGCUACCGCUGGCACAACAGCAGAGGGCCUCUGCCCACCACGGGACCUACCAUCACACUGGAGAAUGUGACCAGACUCACUGAAGCCCUCUUCUGCACUGCCAUCAACACAGAGGGACGAGGCCAAUCCAGCCCACUGAAACUCAAUGUAGAGUACCCCCCUGAGAUCAAAGUGGGCUCUGCAUGCACAUUAGACAUCUCCAUGGUAACCUGUCUGUGCAUUGUGUAUUCGGAGCCCCCCGGCACUGUGGAGUGGUCUCUUCCAGCAGGACCCCUGCCCAGUACCAGGGUGGAGAGGCAUGGGUCAGUUACCAUGGUGACCCUACAGAGGGCACUAGGCUUCUCAGAGACCGUCCACUGCAAUGCCAGCAACACACAGGGCAAUGCCACCUUGUCCUUCACUGUGUCCACAAAUGAUAAGAUGUUGAUGCUGUACGUUUCAAUUGGUAUUGCUGCAUUAGUGGUGGUAGUAAUACUAAUUCCCAUGUCAGCUUGCCUGUUGACCAAGAAUGGGUAA